AGAAUUUCAGAGUAAAAAAGGGACGAAACCGGAACCGGGUCUUGUACACCGGUUCCCGUCCGUAUACCAACCGUCUUAUCUUCUUGCAACUCUCGUCGAUAUGUUCAUCGUCAUAUUUAUACGCAGAUUCUUUGCUUGGUUUCAUCUUCUUCCCUCAUGCCAAAGCUUCCUUUCCCUUCCUUCAUGAUACUAUCUAUCUUCGACUUCAUUCAUAUCCAACCAACAAUAAAUUUUCAUUCGGUUAAAAUGAAUGAAAAUCACCUUCUCCAAUCUGAUUAUAUCGGUUUACAUUCAUGAAAUUCUUUGCAAAUAUGAUUGAGACGUGGUUCAGAAGAAGUUUUUACUCGAAAUGCCAUUCAAAUAUCAAGCUGACAUUGAUGCGAAUCGAGAUUAUAAAGAGGAGGCGAAAAGCAAUGGAGAAGUAUUUGAGGAAUGAUAUUGUUGAUCUUCUGAGAAACGGGUUUGUUGCUGAUGCUUAUCAUAGGGCUGCGGGACUAUAUCUUGACCAAAAUCGGUCAUUAUGUUAUGAUUUCAUCGAGCAAUUUUGCAUGCUGAUCUUAAACCAUCUAACAGUCAUGAAUGAUCAGAGCGAAUGCCCAGAAGAAUGCAUGGAAGCAGUCUCAUCGUUGAUCUAUGCUGCUGCAAGAAUUGCUGAUUUGCCGGAAUUGCGCGAACUUAGGAGUUUGUUUACCGAGAGAUAUGGCAAUUCACCCGAAGCUUUUAUCAACAAAGAGUUUGUGAAUUUGUUUAAAAAGGAGCGCCCAACACAUGACAUGAAGAUUCAUUUGAUGCAAGAGAUUACAUUAGAACAUGGUGUAGAAUGGGACCCCAAUUCACUAGAACAAAGUUCAGACAAGCCACCCUCAUCCAACGACGAUCAACCCCAAAACAUGUAUGGUGAUGGACACAAUGAAGAAUCUCAUGGAACUCGCAAUGAAAAUGGCUUGAGGAUAAAAGUUCAAGAGACAGGAAACCACGAGGGGUCAAAUGGUGAAAUUGAAAAACAAACGGACCAAAUGCGUAAAAGAAUUCUAGAUUAUUGGUCAAGGACCACUAGUCUAUUCUCAACUAGCCGAGAAAUCAGCACAAGUUCAGAUGAUAGUUCUUCUGAUGAUUCAAGUAAAGGAAGAUCAUUCUUUGGAUUAAGACAAAAACAUAAUGGUGAGAAAAACACACGACGAAGAAAAGGUGGGCCCCUGUCACGAGUGAAAUCACAUUCCACUGAAAGUGUGCCAAAUCCAUUAGCAAAGAAAGGGCAUGUGCGAACGGUUUCAGAUGUAACCAAUAAUCCGCCAAGGGGACAUGUUCAUCCCAAACUCCCUGAUUAUGAUGAAAUAAAAUCUCGAUUUGCAGCCCUUAGAGCAAAAACUUAAGAGCAAUGGUUCAAGUUAUGCAUAAACUCUUUAUUCCUUAUAGGUGUGCCUUAUAUUCAUUACCUAACUUCUUGAUGUUUGCUUUAGUGUGAGGUUUCACUUGAAGUUGUCAUUAUGUUUAAAAGAUUCAUAUGGUGUAAAUAAUAUAACUUAUAAUAAAAUAAUGCCAAGUGAAUAAGUGUUUGUUGUAACUUAUGUAGUCUCGUUAUCAGGUGGAUGGUUUUUUAAAUAUGUUGUUGUUCGUGUAACAUGGAUAGGGG